AUGCUGAUUCCAUCCUUCGCAAUCUUCGCUGCGGCGAGCAGCUUGCUGUCAUUCGCCACGGCACACAACAUCCAGAUGAAGGCCCACCAGCGCGAAUGCUUCCACGAGUCGCUGCACAAGGACGACAAGAUGACCGUCACGUUCCAGGUCGGCGAUCGGGAGUUUGGAGGUAGCGGAAACUUGGAGAUUGACUUCUGGAUCGAGACACCGUCUCGCAGCAACCAAAUCCACGAACGCGGCGUGUCCUCAGGCGACCACUCCUUCACAGCAGCAGAAGACGGCAAAUACACAUACUGCUUCAACAACGAGCAUUGGGGCGCGAACACAAAGGAGAUCUCCUUCAACGUCCAUGGCAUUGUCUACGUUCCCGAGUCGGAGGCACCGCAAGAUCCUUUAGAGAAGGAGGUCCGCCAAAUGUCAGAACUCAUCGCGCAGGUCAAGGACGAGCAGAGUUAUAUCGUUGUGCGCGAGCGAAUGCACAGGAACACGGCCGAGAGCACCAAUUCACGUGUCAAGUGGUGGAGCAUUUUCCAAUUCCUGGUUUUGAUUAGCCAGGGCAUCUUCCAGGUCUGGUGGCUCAAGCGCUUCUUUGAGGUCAAGCGCGUUGUCUAA